UUGUUGCCAAAGUUUAUCACUGUCAUUUUCGACUCACAAUAAAAAAUCUCAAAGGUACUAAUGCAACUUUUUCCACUUAUAUGCUAGUAGACAACUUAGACAAAGGUUUUGAUUUUUAAAAAAUCGUUUCCAAGUGCUUCCUAUCGCAUGACAUCAUCUGCUUCCCGCUCUUUCUGGCUGAAGACAUGGCGGAUGCAAAUCAUCCUGGAAAGAGGUACACCGUAGCAGAGAUCCUGGCCAUGCUGCAGGACUCUGAAACUGUGGCGGACAUCACAGUUGUGCCUGAGUCAGAAAUGCACGCACAUGACACAGACUGUGACAGUGACCAAUCUGAUGAUGAGGCCACUGGUGACCAUAACCGCCUCCCAUCAAGAAUACUCAAAGGUGAAGGCUUUCUACCUAAUUCGGACAUGCAGCUGCCAAAUCCCCCCGAUGAUGAUCCUGGGUGCUCAUCCUCAAACCAAGACAGGAAAUUCAAAAAAAUCAAAAUUGCGGCCAAAGCACCAGCACAAGCCAACAAAAAAUAUCAGAUCCCUCGCUAUAUCCCCAAAGAACAUGAUCCUGGCUUCACAUCAGAUGAUCCAGUGGAUAUCUUCCUCACAUUUUAUCCCAAGUCCCUCAGAGAUGUCACACUGGAAAUGUCCAAUCUCUACGCUGAACAAAAAGGGAAAACGCUCAACCUGACUGAGGAUGAACUUCUUACAUUCUACGGUAUUCUGUUGAUCAGUGGAUACAACACAGUCCCAAGGCGGCGUCUUCUCUGGUCAGACGAUUGUGAUGUCAGCAACAAUGCUGUAAAAGAUGCCAUGCGGAGGAACAGGUUUGAUGAAAUUAUGUCUUCUGUUCAUUUAGUAGACAACAUGAAGAUCACAGCUGACCCGUUCUUCAAGGUGCGUCCCCUUUUUAAGCAUCUAAAUGACAUCAACAACGCAAUCCCGAUAGCAGAACAUGUGGCAGUAGAUGAGAUGAUGAUUGAGUAUUUUGGAAGGCAUGGGUGCAAACAGUUUAUUAGAGGGAAGCCUAUUCGUUUUGGGUAUAAAAUAUGGAGCUUAGCAUCCUCCUCCGGGUUUGUCCAUCAGAUGGAGCCAUAUGUAGGAAGCCACACACAUCUGGUGGAAACUGGAUUUGGUCAGGGUCCAAGUGUGGUUCUUGGCCUGGCAGAGAAAGCUGAAGUGCCACCUGGAGUCAAGUUUUACCACGACAACCUCUUCACAACCCUGUCCCUGGUGGAUGAGAUGACCCUGAGAGGCUAUGGCAGCUGUGGCACGAUGCGACAAACUCAGCUCCAUAACGUUCCCUUCACAGCACCCCAGACCUUCAAGAAGACACCCAGAGGAGAUGCUGAGUAUCUGGUUGAGGCAGAGAAGCUGAUUGUAAGGUGGAAUGACAACAGCGUGGUCACCGUGGUGUCGAACAUGGAGAGGGAGUUCACCGAAACUGAGGCGAAGAGAUGGAAUAAACAGAAGCGGACUAUGGACAAGGUCAGACAGCCCAAGUGUAUCCAGGACUACAACACACACAUGGGAGGAGUGGACCUGCAUGACCAGUUUGUCAGCCGCUACAGAGUCAACAUCCGGUCCAAGAAGUGGUGGUGGCCAUGCUUCAGCUGGGCCCUGAACAGUGCCAUGGUGAACAGCUGGUGCUAUUACAGGUCCUGGAAAAGCGGGGAGAAGGAUCUCCUCUCCUUCCAGAGGCUGGUAGCCCAGACCCUCCUCCUGCGCCAUGGAACAAAGCCAAGUAGGCAGGGCAGAAGAUCUUCAAUGGCGGUGGCGAUAACUGAUGCCACCAGGUUUGAUAAUUUGAACCACUGGCCCUGCAACACUGGUAGCAGGUACAAGCGAUGCAAGAACUGCGGCGGACGCACAUCAUUUGCGUGUGGAAAGUGUGAUGUGCCACUACAUGUGGAGUGCUUCAAGAAGUACCACACUGAGUAGAACAUGCA